AUGACCGCCAGUUCAUUACCCCUGAACGGAGCCAACCAAAUGCCAAUGAAAGAAGAUACCCUUAGGCACAGGAAGAUCAAUGGCUCUACUCAACCUAAGAGAGUUGGGUAUAACCAAGCAGGCUUAUUAAGCCCACUAAACUCAACAAACCCAGCCUCGAGCCCCAAAGAGCCGUUCUCUCUCCUCCGUCGCUGUAAGCGCUUCGCAGUUCACCGCACCUGGACGAUUCCAUUAGCUCUCGUGCUGGCCUUCCUCUCACUAUUCGCACUCAAUCCAACUGAGGCAAACCCAAUCUCUCAUUUUAUAUUUCUUUCUUACAAAGUGGAAUCCCUGGACGAUGACCCAAAUGCCCCGACACAAUAUGGCAAAGGUCUGUGGGACAUUGCAUUCGUGUCAUUCUACGUGCUCGUGCUUUCCUUCACGCGCGAAUUCAUCAUGCAAGAAAUUAUUCGCCCCCUAGCAGCUGCGCAUAUCAAAUCGCAGGGAAAGCAGGCCCGUUUCAUGGAGCAGAUGUACACUGCGAUAUACUUUGGAGUCCUCGGUCCCGCAGGGUUGUAUGUCAUGCGCCAGACACCGGUUUGGUAUUUCAACACGCGUGGCAUGUACGAACUAUUCCCGCAUAGGACCCAUGCGGCCGAGUUCAAGUUUUACUAUUUGUUCGAGGCGGCUUAUUGGGCACAACAGGCUAUUGUUAUGCUGCUGGGGAUGGAGAAGCGGCGGAAGGACUUCAAGGAGCUUGUUGCGCAUCAUAUUUUGACACUGGCUCUUAUUGCGCUCAGCUAUCGCUUUCACUUUACAUAUAUGGGCAUUGCUGUUUAUAUUACGCAUGAUAUUAGCGAUUUCUUCCUUGCCGUUUCAAAAUCUCUCCAUUACAUAGCCCCGGACAUAAUGAUCCCCUUCUACGCAAUGACUAUCGGCGCCUGGAUAUAUCUCCGCCACGUACUAAAUCUUCGGAUACUGUAUUCCCUUCUAACCGAGUUCCGAACUGUCGGACCUUACGAGCUUAACUGGGACACUCAACAGUACAAGUGCUGGAUCUCAAAUGUGAUCACCUUUGGACUUCUGGCUGUACUACAAGCUCUCAAUCUGUUCUGGUUGUACUAUCUACUACGCAGCGCUUUCAAGUUCCUCGCGACGGGCGAGAAGAAGGACGAUCGCUCUGAGCCGGACGAGUCUGAAAUUGAACAAGAUGAAUUCAAUAUUGCUAAGGAAUAG